AUGGCGCCUGACCAAAACGUUAUAAUACGUGCGUGCAUGUUCACACACAUUUAUAUGUCGUUUAAUAGAGUAAACAUCAUUAAUAAUUGUUUGUUAGCUUGCUAAUUAGCUUAGCUUGUUAGCUGCUAACAAAGACGGGCGGAAGUGAUGAAAACACAUCGCUAAGCAGAGAUCAAGUGUGAGUGUAAAGUGUUGUGAUUGUGUGAAUAUGUGCGAAAGAAGGAUAGCAGAGUACGAGGAGGAACUUUGUCCAACAAAAGAGGAGAAGGAGCGACAACAUCAACUACUGGACGCUGUUUUCAAGAAACAUCAAGUUGUGUUACACGGAACAGACAUUCAUCAGCUGUCUACGAAUGGGGGGGGCUCCACUUGGGAGCCACAGACCCCCCGUUUUAACAAAGAAGAGGAGGAUCCACAGCCCUCGUGUGUUAAAGAGGAAGUGGAGGACCCACAGCACCUCCUUCUUAAAGAGGAAGAGGAUCAUCCACUGCCCACCCUUGUUAAAGAGGAAGAAGGUGAUCGACAGUCGUCUCAUUUUAAAGAGGAAGAGGAGGAUGGGUGGACCAACCAGGACGAAGAGUGUCUUCUAGAGCAGGAGGAGGCUGAUCUCAGCAAGUUUCCACUGACUGUUGUCUCUGUGAAGACCGAAGAGCAUGAAGACAAACCACCUGAGUCCUCACAGCUUCAUCACAGUCCAAACGUCCGGCAGCUGUUUGGCCGUCAAGAAGAACCCAUGCUUCAGUUACUGGGGGAGAGCUCCACUUUGAAGCGGGAGGAUCCAUAUCCUCCACAUUUUAAAGAGGAAGAUGAUGAACUCUGGAUCACUCAGGAGGGAGAGCGUCUUCUAGGGCAGGAGGAGGCCGAUCUCACCAAGUUUCCACAGACUGUUGUCCCUAUGAAGACCGAAGAGCGUGAAGACAAACCACCUGAGUCCUCACAGCGUCAUCCCAGUCCCGGUAAGGAGAAGAGCAGCAGCUCAACAGAAGCUGAUGAAGACCACUGUGGAGGAUCACAAGCAGACAAGCUCUUAGCUCCACUAUCAGAUAGUGAGGACACAACGUCACACUCUCCUGACACUGAUGAUGAAGACUCUAAAGAUGAUAAGACACGUCACACUGACAACACACACUUCACAUGUUCGCACUGCGACAAAACUUUUAAAUACCUCUAUAAUCUGAAAAUACACAUUAGAAUACACACUGGAGAGAAACCUUUUUCUUGUUCAGUCUGUGGCAAAACGUUUAAUCGCCGUAACAAUCUGAUCAUACACAUGAGAACGCACACUGGCGAAAAACCGUUUUCCUGUUCUAGCUGCAACAAAAGCUUCUGUGACCAAUCCAACCUCGUGGUACACAUGAGGACGCAUACGGGGGAGAAACCUUUCAGUUGUGCGGUUUGCGCAAAAGGCUUUGUGAGAAACUUUGUAUUGACGCAACACAUGCGGACGCACACUGGGGAAAAACCUUUUAUUUGCUCAAACUGUGGCAAAAGGUUUUCUCAAAGGGGAAAGCUGCAGUCGCAUAUGAGAUCGCACACAGAAGUAAAACGUUUUAGUUGUUCAGUCUGCAGUAAAAAGUUCUACGAUGAACAUAAUAUGCAAACUCACAUGAAAACACACAUAGGAGAAACGCCCUUUAGUUGUUCAGUUUGUGCCAAAGGUUACGUUAGAAACUCCGAUUUGGUUUCACAUAUGCGGACACACACCGGAGAAAAACCUUUCAGUUGUUCGGUUUGUGGUAAAAGAUUCUCUAGCAAACGUAAUAUGCAAUCGCACAAGAAAACACACACAGGGGAAAAACCUUUCAGUUGUUCAGUUUGUGCGAAAGGCUUCGUGAGAAACUUUGCUUUGACUCGACACAUGCGGACACACACCGGAGAAAAACCCUUCAUUUGCCCAAAUUGUGGCAAAAUGUUUUCUCAAAAGGGAGCCUUGCAGUCACACAUUCAAACACACACAGGAGUCAAAAGUUUCAGUUGUUCAGUUUGCAAUAAAAGAUUCUCUCACGAACGAAAUAUGCUGACCCACAUGAGAACACACACAGGAGAAAUACCCUUUAGUUGUUCAGUUUGCGCGAAAGGCUUUGUCAGAAACUCCGAUUUGGUUCAACACAUGCGGACACACACCGGAGAAAAACCUUUCAGUUGUUCAGUUUGCGGGAAAAAGUUUUCUCAGAAGGGCACGAUGCAGUCACACAUGAGAACACACUCAGGAGAAAAACCUUUUAGUUGCACUGUUUGCGGUAGAAGAUACUUCAGCAAAUCCAGCAUGCAAACGCACAUGAGGACACACACAGGAAAAUAACUUUUUUUCUAAAUGUCCUCUUUGAAUAGACUCCAGCAUAGUCAUUAAUGGUCAUGGCAGGGCCUCUCUAAAGUCUGGACCCUGCUUCAGAAUCAAAUCAGUCUGGACCCAUUGGAGACACAGUCUUAUAUUAUGAGUUACAAUUUAAGCUUUUGGUUAAAAAUACAUCAAAAAAUGGUUUGCAAUGACAAAUAAUGUGUUUUGACUUAUGAUUUGCUUUCAUCCAUUAAAGAUAACCGAUAAUAAUUUCACAUAUUUCACUUGAAUUCAUAAUUGGGAUAAGAACAUAAGAACAUGUCACAUACGUGUCCAAAUACUUUCACAGGAACACGUCACACCCUGACCUUUAACGCAGUUACCCUGACAUUUGGUAAAAAUCAUAAAUACAAACCCCGUUUCCAUAUGAUUUGGGAAAUUGUGUUGGAUAUAAAUAUAAACUGAAUACAAUGAUUUGCAAAUCCUUUUCAACCAAUAUUCAAUUGAACACACUACAAAGACAAGAUAUUUUCGCAAACAGUCUGGAUGGUUCGCUUCUCCUUUGAUCCGGAUGACACGAUGUCGAAUAUUUCCAAAAACAAUUUGAAAUGUGGACUCGUCAGACCACAGAACACUUUUCCACUUUGCAUCAGUCCAUCUUAGAUGAUCCCGGGGCCCAGAGAAGCCGGCGGCGUUUCUGGAUGUUGUUGAUAAAUGGCAUUCGCUUUGCAUAGUAGAGCUUUAACUUGCACUUACGGAUGUAGCGAUGAACUGUAUUUAGUGACAGUGGUUUUCUGAAGUGUUCUUGAGCCCAUGUGGUGAUAUCCUUUUGAGAUUGAUGUCGGUUUUUGAUACAGUGUCGUCGGAGGGAUGGAAGGUCACGGUCAUUCAAUGUUGGUUUCCGGCCAUGCCGCUUAAGUCGAGUGAUUUUUCCAGAUUCUCUGAACCUUUUGAUUAUAUUAUGGACCGUAGAUGUUGAAAUCCUUAAAUUUCUUGCAAUUGCACUUUGAGAAACAUUGUUCUUAAACUGUUUGACUAUUUGCUCACGCAGUUGUGGACAAAGGGGUGUACCUCGCCCCAUCCUUUCUUGUGAAAGACUGAGCAUUUUUUGGGAAGCUGUUUUUAUACCCAAUCAUGGCACCCACCUGUUCCCAAUUAGCCUGCACACCUGUGGGAUGUUCCAAAUAAGUGUGUGAUGAGCAUUCCUCAACUUUGUCAGUAUCUAUUGCCACCUUUCCCAAACUUCUUUAUCACGUGUUGCUGGCAUCAAAUUCUAAACCUAAUGUUUAUCAGUUUGAACAUCAAAUAUGUUGUCUUUGUAGCAUAUUCAACUGAAUAUGGGUUGAAAAGGAUUUGCAAAUCAUUGUAUUCCGUUUAUAUUUACAUCUAACACAAUUUCCCAACUCAUAUGGAAACGGGGUUUGUAAUAACAGUAAUGAUAACUCAUGGGUCUGUAUUAUUAUUUGGUGCCCUGUUUGUUCUUCUUUUAGACACACAUCCUGUCCCAACACACACAGUCAGCAGGAAUUAGACACACUGUUAGGAUCAUUUGACUGCACACAUAUAAAUAAUGUCUAACAAGUAAGAUUCAUGAAUUUGUGUAAAUAAUGAAUGACCCCUAGUGUUAAUCAAUUAAUUGGAAAUGCUUUCUAGUGUCACAACAACCUUGAUGGCAAGUACACGUAUGUGUCUCAUUUUGACGGACUUUUCCCGCAACACAAACUUUAAAGGGGAACAUUAUCAGCAGACCUAUGUAAGCGUCAAUAUAUACCUUGAUGGUGCAGAAAAAAGACCAUCUAUUUUUUCAACCGAUUUCCGAACUCUAAAUGGGUGAAUUUUGGCGAAUUAAACGCCUUUCUGUUUAUCGCGCUGGAGGCGAUGACGUCAGAAUGUGACGUCGCCGAGGUAACACAGCCGCCAUUUUCAUUUUCAACACAUUACAAACACCGGGUCUCAGCUCUGUUAUUUUCCGUUUUUUCGACUAUUUUUUGGAACCUUGGAGACAUCAUGCCUCGUCGGUGUGUUGUCGGAGGGUGUAACAACACUAACAGGGAGGGAUUCAAGUUGCACCACUGGCCUGAAGAUGAGAAAGUGUCUGGCGCCAGACCCCCAUUGAAUGUGCCAGAGUGUCUCCACAUUUAUCGGCGAUGACAGACAUGGCACAGAGAUGUAUGGAUAACCUGCAGAUGCAUUUGCAACAAUAAAGUCAACUAAAUCACAAAGGGGAGUUUUGUUGUUGUUGACUUAUGUGCUAAUCAGACAUAUUUGGUCGCGGCGUGACUGCCAGCUAAUCGAUGCUAACAUGUUUCGCUAAUCAACGCUAACAUGCUAUUUACCGGCGGUGCUACGACAGACAUGGCACAGAAAUGUAUGGAUAACCUGCAGAUGCAUUUGCAACGAUAGUCAACGAAAUCACAAAGGUGAGUUUUGUUGAUGUUGACUGCCAGCUAAUCGAUGCUAACAUGCUAUGCUAAUCGUUGCUAACAUGCUAUUUACCGGCGGUGCUAAAGCAGACAUGGCACAGAGAUGUAUGGAUAACCUGCAGAUGCAUUUGCAACUAUAUUAUGUUUCCUUCCACCUACAUUUAAUGCGAAACAAACACUUACCA